AUGGCCGGCCCCAAGGGGUUCAUCCGCUAUAGUGCUUACCGCCUGGGCGGCAGCUCCUUCGCUGUGAUUGGUCUGGGGGCGCUGCGCCUCCGCGCUCGCAUUCGCUUCCCCAGGUGCUCGUGGCAUGACAACGGGGCUGCCCCUGGGGAUGCUGGCAUUCCGGGAAACGUGGAGGUGUUUUAUCCGGGGGAGCAUCAUGACUUGGAGUAUGAAACGGUCGUGCUCAAGUGCUUUCUGAGAGCUGACACCCAUGCUACGCAAGGGGGCAAACUGCUGCUCCAGGUGCAAGUGCAAGCCACCCACGGGUCGCGGGUCCUAUCAGUCAACACACAGCAGCUAAUCGCCUACCAUGAGCCGCCCAACGCCUUCCCUGUCUCCCUGGAGCCGCAUCCCCCUUAUAAGCACCGCGUGGCGUUCUGCUCCCCGCCAGUGCACUCGGAACUGGACGGGAGGAGGCUGUACGAGUGGUUGGAGUAUCAUUACCAUCUGGGCGUGGAUUACUCGAUCAUUGGUAGGAGGAGGCUGUACGAGUGGUUGGAGUAUCAUUACCAUCUGGGAGUGGGCUACUCGAUCAUGUAUGAUGCAGGGGGGAUGGACGAUGAAGUCACUCAGGGCAGUCUGGCAGUGGUAAGAGUGGCUGGAGAGUAUCAUUACCAUCUGGGCUUGGAUUGCUCGAUCAUGUAUGAUGCAGGGGGGAUCGAUGACGAGGUCACUCAGGUGCUGAUACCAUACGAGCAGGAAGGCCUGCUGGAGGUCAGAGAUAUUGGGGACUUUCUGGAGUACGAAACGGGUGGUGGUGAGGGUGAGUUUGGGGAUGUUGAAUUGAAAUCACUUUUGAGUAUUCUCAAAAGGGGUGGUGGUGAGGGUGAGUUUGGGGGUGUUGAAUUGAAAUCACUUUUGAGAAUACUCAAAAGGGGUGGUGGUGAGGGUGAGUUUGGGGAUGUUGAAUUGAAAUCACUUUUGAGUAUUCUCAAAAGGGGUGGUGGGGAGGGUGAGUUUGGGGAUGUUGAAUUGAAAUCACUUUUGAGUAUUCUCAAAAGGGGUGGUGGUGAGGGUGAGUUUGGGGAUGUUGAAUUGAAAUCACUUUUGAGUAUUCUCAAAAGGGGUGGUGGUGAGGGUGAGUUUGGGGAUGUUGAAUUGAAAUCACUUUUGAGUAUUCUCAAAAGGGGUGGUGGUGAGGGUGAGUUUGGGGGUGUUGAAUUGAAAUCAUUUUUGAGUAUUCUCAAAAGGGGUGGUGGUGAGGGUGAGUUUGGGGAUGUUGAAUUGAAAUCACUUUUGAGUAUUCUCAAAAGGGGUGGUGGUGAGGGUGAGUUUGGGGGUGUUGAAUUGAAAUCACUUUUGAGUAUUCUCAAAAGGGGUGGUGGGGAGGGUGAGUUUGGGGAUGUUGAAUUGAAAUCACUUUUGAGUAUUCUCAAAAGGGGUGGUGGUGAGGGUGAGUUUGGGGAUGUUGAAUUGAAAUCACUUUUGAGUAUUCUCAAAAGGGGUGGUGGUGAGGGUGAGUUUGGGGAUGUUGAAUUGAAAUCACUUUUGAGUAUUCUCAAAAGGGGUGGUGGUGAGGGUGAGUUUGGGGGUGUUGAAUUGAAAUCAUUUUUGAGUAUUCUCAAAAGGGGUGGUGGUGAGGGUGAGUUUGGGGAUGUUGAAUUGGGUGGUGGUGAGGGUGAGUUUGGGGAUGUUGAAUUGAAAUCACUUUUGAGUAUUCUCAAAAGGGGUGGUGGUGAGGGUGAGUUUGGGGGUGUUGAAUUGAAAUCACUUUUGAGAAUACUCAAAAGGGGUGGUGGUGAGGGUGAGUUUGGGGAUGUUGAAUUGAAAUCACUUUUGAGUAUUCUCAAAAGGGGUGGUGGGGAGGGUGAGUUUGGGGAUGUUGAAUUGAAAUCACUUUUGAGUAUUCUCAAAAGGGGUGGUGGUGAGGGUGAGUUUGGGGAUGUUGAAUUGAAAUCACUUUUGAGUAUUCUCAAAAGGGGUGGUGGUGAGGGUGAGUUUGGGGAUGUUGAAUUGAAAUCACUUUUGAGUAUUCUCAAAAGGGGUGGUGGUGAGGGUGAGUUUGGGGGUGUUGAAUUGAAAUCAUUUUUGAGUAUUCUCAAAAGGGGUGGUGGUGAGGGUGAGUUUGGGGAUGUUGAAUUGAAAUCACUUUUGAGUAUUCUCAAAAGGGGUGGUGGUGAGGGUGAGUUUGGGGGUGUUGAAUUGAAAUCACUUUUGAGUAUUCUCAAAAGGGGUGGUGGUGAGGGUGAGUUUGGGGGUGUUGAAUUGAAAUCACUUUUGAGUAUUCUCAAAAGGGGUGGUGGUGAGGGUGAGUUUGGGGAUGUUGAAUUGAAAUCACUUUUGAGUAUUCUCAAAAAGGGUGGUGGUGAGGCAUGGGUGCGCUUCCAUCUAUCCGUCUUCCUCUCACAUGCCACACAGGUGAUGGUGGUGAACGACUGUGCAUACAGCACGCGCUUCUCAGCCAAGUGGACUCUCUUCUUCGACCUCGACGAGUUCUUCAACGCUGAUGACCCGCCCCCACCCCAGAAGGCAGAAGGGAAGCUCGCUCACACCCAUGUGCUGGCCUGGCCAGUGGCCACUCAGCUAGACGCUAUGGCACACUGGCACCUGCAGCUGCCGUGGGUGGACAGGAGUGCUGGUGGUAUCCACCCAAUGCCCAUACACACACCUCUUUACUCCUCUAUCCCCCUCUUCCCGUUAUCAGGUGGAGGCUCACACCCACGUGUUAGUCACACAGCUAGACGCCAUGGAGCACUGGCAGCGGCAGCUGUCGCGGCUGCAGUGGAGCGGUGGUACCUACCCUCCCAAUGCUCCCCCUCAUACUCCCCCUUGCUCCCGUUCAAACUUCAAGGCCACACCCACAUGCUGGCCACGCAGCUAGACGCCAUGGAGCACUGGCACCGGCAGCUGCAGCGGCUGUAG